AUUCGUUUGUAUUUAUAUUUUUAUUAAGUAUUAUUAAUUCAAAUAAAUAGUAUAUAUGUACAUUAUUCUAGAAAAUCCCAGAAUGAGGACUAUAUCCUUAGUAGAAAGUUAAAAAAAAGAAAUUAUCGAUCACUAGUAUAAUACAAAAAAAAUAAGUAUUUAAAUAAUGUUUGUUUGAAAGAAGAUAUAUCAAAUAAUAUAAAUUGCGAAAAAAAUGAUAUAUGUAAUAAUGAAACAAAGGCCAAUGUAAAAAACAGAAAAUUAAAUUGAAGUUUACUGAAUAAGGCGCAGUACUAUACAGAAUUUAUAGACUAUAAUAGUGGAAUGUUUGAUAAAAAGCACUUUAAUAUUAAAAGUAAAUUGUAUGAUGAUUUUCUUGAUAAAAACAGGAAAAUUAGUAAUAUAGCUUUAAAAACAAUAAAACCUAGAAGUUAUAGAUUUGGAAAUACUAUAUUUAUUCUUUUUUUCUUAUUGGGAAUAGGAUCACCCAUACUAUUAGCAUUAUAUUUGGGAGAAAAUUCAAUUUUUGUAAAAUUUAGUUCUUUUUGGAGUAUUAGGGGUCCAAUAAAACAAUUAGGCGUAGAAAAUUUUUUUCUAAUAUUCUUUUUUGUAUGUAUCUUAAUUAAAAUAACCAUACCAAAAAUAUUAAGAAAUAAUGAAAAAUAUAAGAAAAUUAAGUUGUUGAUUGAG